AUGGGGGAACAGCAAGAGACAAAGGACAGUGUCACAUACGGUUCAUACUAUUUGCAAAUUGCUUUUAAUCCUAUCAUGGGCUUGGAUGAGGAUAUUGAAGCAUUUACUGAAGAAUUCGCCGAUCUAGGCAGUCCUCGUUUCGUGGAUUUUGUGGUUCUCUGGAAGAAGUACAAACUGAUCCAUUUAAUUCAGGGAAGGCAGUGCCAACACGGUUUAUAUGACAUAGUUGGCUGUAUUUUUCACCGGUUGGUUAGUCUGUUUCAGCCAACCUUAUCUAAAAACAAGUUAGUUCGUAUAUGCGCACUCUACCUUCUUUAUGCUUUCCACGGGAAGCAGCCUAUUCGCAAUCAUGUUCAUAUACGUGUUUGUCCUAAAAGUUGGUCUUGGAUCUUACAAGUUGCUACGGAGGCUCGUGACGAAGGGCACUUAGAUGUUUAUUACGUUUUUCGGAAACUAUGUGCUGCAAAUGCAUUUUUAUUUUGUGCAAUGCGACAAGUGUUAUAUCCUGGGGCUCCUCUUUUUGACAGUCCUGCUGUGAAUCAGGAUGAUUUUACAGAAGGCCGUGCCGCCUCACCAGCUGAAGAUCCGUCCGAUGUUUUAAAAUCUACUUUCAGUCAUCGACGUGACCUUCUCACCUGUUCUCUACCUGUUGUCAAAGCUCUUCAGGCUCCUUCAGGAUUAAACCAAACAGUACAGUGUUUGAAUAUGAGUUUGUCGCGUUAUGCUGAGGCCAAACGAUUACUUACACAAAAACUUAGGAUAAAUGAUGGAAAUAUUGCUUUGGAUUCUUCGAAAACACAAAGCACUGAUGGAAUGGAAGAUCCAGAGGAAGAAUACUUACCAGGCCUAAAUCUUGUAACUUUCCCCGAUUCUCUAAACCGUAUUGAGAUGCUUUCAAUGGAAUUGGAAAACUCAACCAAACAAAAUUGUCUUAAAAAUCGUUUUACUCCCAGCACAAAGUCCUGUAUUCAUAGUCCUUUGGUUAAAGCGUCUCCUUCAGUGGAUAUAAAAAUUCCAGAUAUUGAAAAUCUCCUUGAAACACCACGUAUUGGCGUAGUAGUUGGCGCUGGAAUAGUUGGGGGUAAAACGAAAAGUCGUAAAAGUGCCGAGAACAGUCCAGUUUCUCAACCUCCUGACAAUCAACAAAUUAGUAAACAGUCAUCGCCCUCAAAAAUCACUUCAAAUCCGUCUAAAAAGUCUGAGGAAACAACAACCGAUGUAAAAGAAACCGUUAGUUGGGGUGAAAGAAUUCGACUCUUAAAAAGGCCCUCAACGUGGGCUAAAGAAUUAGCGGAACAAGCUGAAAGUGUGUACAAGGAUGGUUGCCGCCGAAGUAGGCGACGUCCGACAGAACCCAAGGUUAUUACUGCAUCUACAAGUAAAAAACAACAAAGAAAGUCCUCCAGAUAAAUGAAUUAUAUUUUUGUGCUAAUAUUUGUACAUUUUUUGUAUUUAAUUUCAAUUUGUUUCUUUUAAAUAAAAUCGGCAAAUCGUUUGAGAAAUAAUGCUUUAAGUUUUAAAUUUUGCAUGUUUGUGCGUUUAGUUUUACUGUGUAGGAAAUAUAAUUUUAUGUUAUUUUGUAGCGAGUGAGUUCAAAGGUAGUUGUGUAAGAAUGGUUUCACAUGAAUAACAUGAUAUUUUCCGGGAUUUAUACUUAUAAAUGUCAUAACAAGAAAAGAUUACGGAGAAAAGACAUUACUAUCAAAAGUAAUGUUUUGAUUGAGAUAUCAAUCUCUAGCAAUGUAAUAGAUAGAAAACAAUUUGUUCCUUUUCUCAGCUAUGUAUCAUAUGUAAAAUCAUUUCUAAAUAAAAAACUGAGAAGCCAUUUCAUCACAAUUUGAAAUUCACCAGUUUGACAGUGACCACAGUCUUUGGAAGACAGAAGCAAAAUAAAUGGAUAAUACAGAGGAGGCAGAUAACACUAGACACUUAUUUAGGCUCAUCAGAGAGACUGACUAAAAAUUCAACCUUCGGUAUCACCAAAAUACAUUGAACGAUGAUCCACUCUCAGAUCGGGCCAUUGGAACGAUUGAUAGAACAUUGAAAAACGAUUCAACAAGUAGCUCCCAGCUCUCCUG